GGAACUCGCAAGCGCUGCAGACACUCCUUUCCCAGUGCCGGCCUCGGCGUGGCGGGGGCGCGCACGUCGCCCAGCUCCCGGGUCGCAAAGGGGGCGGGGUGAGACGCCCGUCGUCCAGGGAUCGCGCACGCAUCCGGCUCGCGGUGCGCGCGCAGCUCAGUGUGUUGGUUGGGCGCGCGCUCGGGUAACCUGUACCCCACGUAGUCGCCGGUUACCGAUCGGACUAAGUUCCAGUGGCAAUUUGCAAGUCGAGUUAAAAUGUCCCCAGAAGUAGCCUUGAACCGCAUUUCUCCAAUGCUCUCCCCAUUCAUAUCUAGUGUGGUCCGCAAUGGAAAAGUGGGACUGGAUGCUACCAACUGUUUGAGGAUAACUGACUUAAAAUCUGGCUGCACAUCUUUGACUCCUGGACCCAACUGUGACCGAUUUAAACUGCAUAUACCAUAUGCUGGAGAGACAUUAAAAUGGGAUAUAAUUUUCAAUGCCCAGUACCCAGAGCUGCCUCCUGAUUUUAUCUUUGGAGAGGAUGCCGAAUUCCUUCCAGACCCCUCAGCUCUGCACAAUCUUGCCUCCUGGAACCCUUCAAAUCCAGAAUGUCUUUUACUUGUGGUGAAGGAGCUUGUGCAACAAUAUCACCAAUUCCAAUGCAGCCGCCUUCGCGAGAGCUCCCGCCUUAUGUUUGAAUACCAAACAUUACUGGAAGAGCCACAGUAUGGGGAAAACAUGGAAAUCUAUGCUGGGAAAAAAAACAACUGGACUGGUGAGUUUUCAGCUCGUUUUCUUCUGAAGUUACCAGUGGAUUUCAGCAAUAUUCCCACAUACCUUCUCAAGGAUGCAAAUGAAGACCCUGGAGAAGAUGUGGCCCUUCUUUCUGUCAGUUUUGAGGAUACUGAAGCCACUCAGGUGUACCCCAAGCUGUACUUGUCACCUCGAAUUGAACAUGCACUUGGAGGCUCCUCAGCCCUUCACAUCCCAGCUUUUCCAGGAGGCGGAUGUCUCAUUGAUUAUGUCCCUCAAGUCUGCCACCUUCUCACUAACAAGGUGCAGUAUGUGAUUCAAGGAUAUCAUAAGAGGAGAGAGUACAUCGCUGCUUUCCUCAGUCACUUUGGCACAGGCGUUGUGGAAUAUGAUGCAGAAGGCUUUACAAAACUCACUCUGCUGCUGAUGUGGAAAGAUUUUUGUUUUCUUGUGCACAUUGACCUGCCCCUGUUUUUUCCACGAGACCAGCCAACUCUCACAUUUCAGUCCGUCUAUCAUUUUACCAACAGUGGACAACUUUACUCCCAGGCCCAGAAAAAUUAUCCAUACAGCCCCAGAUGGGAUGGCAAUGAAAUGGCCAAAAGAGCAAAUUCCAGGAGGCAGCAUUUGCCAAUGGAAAGCUCUAGGAAACAGCAGCCUUGAGGUGUGGGCAGGCAGCCGGCUCCACACACGCCCCUCAGCACACACAGCUGCUUCCUGGAAGGUCUUCUUGGGGUGCCUUGCUCACACAGC